AGCCGGUUUAUAGAAGAAGAAUCCCUCAGAGACUAUGACAGCGAUGCAGAAGCAUGCUUAGAUGCUGUUAAAUCUGGUGAGAUAGAUCUACACCAGCUGGCAAGUACGUGGGCCAAAGCUUAUGCCGAGACAAGGUAUUGAAAUGGAAAAGGUAAUGCAGGAACUAGGGAAAUCGCUCACAGAUCAAGAUGUGAAUUCACUGGCUGCGCAGCACUUUGAAUCCCAGCAAGACUUGGAGAAUAAGUGGUCAAGUGAACUGAAGCAGUCAACAGCUAUCCAGAAGCAGGAGUAUCAGGAAUGGGUGAUGAAGCUUCAUCAGGAUCUAAAGAACCCCAGCAACAGCUCCCUCAGUGAAGAAAUUAAAGUGCAGCCGAGCCAGUUCAGAGAGUCUGCCGACGCCGCUGGAAGGAUCUAUGAGGAGCAGAGGAAGCUGGAGGAAAGCUUCACCAUUCACCUGGGAGCCCAGUUGAAGACCAUGCACAAUCUGCGGCUGCUGAGGGCAGACAUGCUGGACUUCUGUAAGCAUAAGAGAACUCAGGGAAGUGGCGUGAAACUCCACCGGCUGCAGACAGCACUGUCCCUUUACUCCACGUCUCUCUGUGGCCUGGUUCUACUAGUAGAUAAUCGAAUUAAUUCAUAUAGUGGCAUCAAAAGAGAUUUUGCCACUGUUUGCCAAGAAUGCACGGACUUCCACUUCCCGCGGAUUGAGGAACAACUGGAGGUUGUCCAGCAGGUGGCGCUGUACGCGAGAACCCAGCGAAGGAGCAAGUGCAAGGAGGCCCGCGAUUCUGGAAACCAAAAUGGAGGAAGUGAUGAUAAAUCUAAGAAUGCUGAGAGAAACUAUUUAAAUAUUUUACCUGGAGAAUUUUAUAUUACACGUCAUUCUAAUCUCUCGGAAAUCCAUGUUGCUUUCCAUCUCUGUGUGGACGACAAUGUGAAGUCCGGAAGUAUCACUGCUCGGGACCCCGCUAUUAUGGGACUCCGAAAUAUACUCAAGGUGUGCUGUACCCACGAUAUCACAACAAUAAGCCUCCCUCUCUUGCUGGUGCAUGAUAUGUCAGAGGAAAUGACUAUACCUUGGUGCUUAAGGAGAGCAGAACUGGUAUUUAAGUGUGUCAAAGGUUUCAUGAUGGAGAUGGCUUCAUGGGACGGAGGAAUUUCUCGGACAGUGCAAUUUCUGGUACCACAGAGCAUUUCUGAAGAAAUGUUUUAUCAGCUGAGUAACAUGCUUCCACAGAUCUUCCGCGUGUCCUCCACACUCACCCUGACAUCCAAGCACUGAACUCUUCUACCCUGACACGCUGACAGAAGAGCAUUUCUGAACUCUCGGAGAGAACUGUCCUGGAAUCCUGUUAAGCAAAAGUGCCCAGUGGGACUCGAGCCACCUGUUAAAUGAUGAUGUAUGUUAUCAAACAUUCCAAAAAUGUGUAUACUUCACAGACCAGAAGCCAGCUCCCAACCGAAGCAUUUACUCAGUCCCUUUAUGAAAUAAUAGAUCUUCUUUCUACUUAUAUCUCCUAUCAGGGAAUAAUAAUAUUAACACUUAAAAUGUUUCUCAAAUGUGGACACCUGUUUUUGAUUGCAUUUCCAUGGAGACCUCUGAUUUUUCUGAGGUGUGAGUUCUAUGUUAGGUACAAGCAUAAUUAGGCAUAAAAGUACAAUCUUCCUUUUACUUUAUUUGUCAAAUCAAAAUUUAAAUACAUAUUGCAAGUAUAAGUUUCUUGUGAAAAUGUUCUUGUAGCAAUGUAAGUAUACCAGACAAAUUGCUUGUUGUUUUAAAUCCUCCUGUUUGAAACCCUGGUCUUUACUCUUCUCUUUCUAAGGCUGUGUAAGUUAGAGUCAGAGCAGGCUUUGAAUUCCUUACUGCUGUCUUGCCUUCCCUCUGUGACCUUGCCCAUGUCUAUUAAUAACAUGUCAUGGGCUGGGGAAAUAGUGUUCUUUUUUGCUGGCCUGAUGUAAGUUAGUGUAAACCCACACCUGACAGCAUUCUGAUGCUCUGCAAUGCUGACAACCGGAUCGCUUUCACUUCUCCAUGCCCCUGGAACCCCUAUCUCACCGUUCUGCCACACCCAUCUCCAUGGCAGAAACGGCAUUCAAUCUCUGUCUCUGGUCACUGAUGUUUAUCCUCCUUUCUCAAAAUUGGCUUGUGGGGUGCUCUUUCCUCAUCGGCUGCUUGUCAGGUAUCCCAUUGUAAAUGCCUACUAACAAGGCAUUUACAGCAGCACACAGGCAUCUAUAAAAGCAGAAGUCUCUUCACUUUCAGGUAAUAUGGGUGUUGGUACUACUCAGUAGGAUGAAAUAUGAAGUCUUUGAUGAUAAAAUGAUAUUUCUUGAUUUGAAGAAAACAACCACAGUAAUCUCUUAGUUCACCAGAAUGUCAGAACUAUGGCAGACACUGUUGGCACUUUCCCAUGGAGGAAUAGCUCUUGGUUUUCUACUCAAGGAAGAGAUAUAAUACUUAAUCCACACUAACCAUCAGACACUAAUUUUUCCAAAUUCUUUACCAAGGGGCUUGGUACUGCUUAUGGAGGUUCCCCAUUUCCUUGAAGAAAUGGUCUUUCAAGCACCAUUGCUCUCAUUCAAAUUAAUUCUGAUGAUUUAAUUAAUUCAGAGACAGACAGGUCAGGAUCAGAGAUCCUUCCUACUAAACUGACAGGCAUAGCUGGGGUGUAGGUAUAGUGGAGUCAAUAAAAGGCAUUUAGAGCCAGAGAUGUACCAGGAGUGGGAGCAUUCAGAAAGAGGCCUUAGGAUCUUUCUACAGGUGUUGUAGGACGGAAGACACUUAAGGGUACACCAGCAGAUUUAACUGCGAUGUGUAGAGAGAAUCUCUUAUGUCUGUUUGGAAGCCUCACCUGUUAAAUAAAGCUGAUUAGCCUGUAGCUGAGGCAAGAAAUAGAAGGUGGGAGUUCUGGUAGGAAGUAAGGACUCUGGGACAGAGGGUGGGUGGGAUUUGCCUGGGAACAUGAAGAACAACAGAAGCGUGGGAACCAAGCAGAAGUAAUUAGUCACAUGGCAGAACUUAGAGUAGACUAAAUGGCUUAUUAAGUUAGAGUCUAAUCCAGGAAGCAUGGACACAUCCAGUCCAUUCUUCUUAAUCCCAGAUCCCACACUUGUGAACCCACCUACUCACUUGAGUCUAAUGUCCCUGCAAAGGUCACUAACAGUGGAGACUGGGGAGUGCAGGCUCAUGGCCAAGGCAUUUGUAUAUAUAACUGAGUCUCAGAGUUUUCAUUUCUGGGAACAGGGUUGUGGGAGGAAAGCUACGUCUCUAUGGAGCUGCAUCCAGCUGUCAGGGUGGGAGCUGUUGGUCCAAAGAAGGAAGAGAAAGGUUUCUUUAUCACCUCAAGGCUGCUUUACCAAGUCACUUGUAGAUUGGGGCCUUCACUUAAUGAUAGUAGAAAGUACAACUUGACCUGUAAAAUCAGGGCAAAUAUAUUGAGUAUCCAUUUCUCAGUUUGUGCUGUAUUAUAUAGUGUACAUCAAUGAUAAGAUUAGAAAAAAAAAUUCCUACAAUGGUAUAUACCACUGAUGAGAAUAUACCCAAAAAAUACAGCACAAUUGCAAUUAACAUGUAAUUGCAUAUAGUUAAAUGGUGAGGAUUUUAAUUAUGCUAUAAUUGUGGGAGCCUAGAAUAUUAUAUUUGAGUCAAGAACCAAGUCUUCUAAUCAGCUUCUUGGAGGGGAGUACUUCUUGAAAGAUGUGUCACUGUGACAGAACAUAUGAGAACAUCAGCAUAAUAAGCACCCAGUCCAUUGUUACUUGGCCCUGUUGCUUUGGGUCCGUGGCAGCACAGUCCAUAAUGGUGGGAGUGUGUGCUCCCAGAAGCCUGCUCACUUCAUGGUAGAUAAGGAGCAAAGGAAGCAAAAAACCAGACCAGGGCAAAUAUUCUCAAAGGUGCCCUGCCAGCACCUAACUGCUUUGACUAGGCCACACCUCUUAAAGGUUCUUCCACCCAGUUGGGCCACAUUCCAGCUUCAGGUCGUAGCAGAUGAGUAGAUCCUCAGCAGUUCUUAUAACAGGAAGGAUAGCGAACUCUCAAGGUGGAACUGCAAACAGUGCGGUAAGGAACAGCCAGCAUGUCAAGAGACAUGGCAGUGUGCUUCACACCCCGAGAGUAAAGAAUGUCCUGGUGGACAGUUUUCUGUCUGUGUAAACAGUUGGCUGUCCCUAAGACAGAUGGCUGUGAGGGCCUCAAGGCCUUCAACCUGGUUUGCCACUGAGGCCAGAAUGCUGAGCCCGAGGAGACCUCCAUCCUUCACUGCUCCUCCUGUCCUGACCCACCUGUUCCCAAGGGAAGCAAAGGGAGGCUGUAGCCUUUCCAUUGAUCUCAAAGUGUGGCGCCAGCUGGGCCUCAGCAGGACACUGGGACCAAAAUGGGAGAAACACAUGGAAAAGGAAUUUCAGCCCAAGAAUCUCGCUGGCCCGGGAGUGGGCAGCUCUGUUGACACAGCAUCAUGUCACUUCAGUUGCAUUCCAUGUCUCACACGAAGAAAACUCUUCAGUGCAGAGACAUUCGUAAGUCCUGAGGGAGAAGCCCCGAAGCCCCGGAGCUGGGCAGAAAGACCAAAAGUAUCCGAAGCAAUGAGAAAGUCAUUGUAAAUGUGAAACAAGAAAAGGAUUUCACAACACCUACCUCCAAAAAUAUACCAUUAUCUUCAGAACCCUUUAAAUAACCCAUUUUCUGCACUUUAAGCACCCAGUACACUAGUGUCCUCACAGAGCUGAAAUGUGAAAGCUGGGCACACAGUUAAAAUUGCUUGAGCAGUCUGUGAGGUGAAGUUCCAAUUGUCAGCUGACACAAGUUCUAAAGUAGGUUUAUCAUUAUAGAGUUCCAGGAAGUUUUUCCAAAAUCAAAACCAGAACUUUGGCAUUUGGUGUAAGGUAUAGAUUCUCGUCUAAGUGAAAUAUGUGUUUUAAAGAUUGUCUAAAUAUCUCAGUGGCACCCUAGAGCACAACAAAUACACAGAACCCCAAAUGGGGCCCCAUAGCUGGAGAUAGAAGGAUUGGGGAGCAGAUGCGUGUCUCCUCUUCUAAGGUCCCCUACAGACCCAGUUUGUGUUUGUGGUGUCAUGUUCAAAGACAGCUCAGGUUAGCACUGAACACCUGGGGUCUCUCUUGCUGCGCUUCCCAUCAUCCCAUAGGAAAACGCUUCGUCAUAAGAGUGGGCUGAACUUCAUGCCACAUCCAGUCCAUCCUUCCUAAUCUCAGAUCCCACGCGUGUGAACCCACCUACUCACUUGAGUGUAGUGUCCCUGCAAAGGUCACUAACGGUGGAGACUGGGGAGUGGCUCAGCGGGUGGGAGCACUUGCCAUGCAGGCAGAAGUACCUGAGUUUGAAGCUUGGUGUGGCUGUGCCUGGACCUGUGACCCACUCCUGUGGGGUAGAGACAAGAGGAUUUCUGGGAAUUGUAGGCUACAACUCUGAGAGACCUUGUCUUUUUUUUUUUUUUGGUCAGAGCUGAGGACUGAACCCAGGGCCUUGAGCUUGCUAGGCAAGUGCUCUACUGCUGAGCUAAAUCCCCACCCCCGAGAGACCUUGUCUUAAUGGAAUAAUGGCAAACAUUGUACCCAGUGCAUGGUGUCCAUGACAUGGACAGUUAUACAUGCACACAACACACAUGCACGCGUGCACACACACACACACACA